ACUUUUUUUCAAAUAUAAAAUCGUAACUAUAAACAGUAAUCAUUUCUUCGUCAAAAUCUGUGUCGCGCCGAAAUAUUCAAAAUUCUUUUUGUGAUGUGUAUGAAAGAUGAAUAAUGUUUUCCGAUUGUUCAAAAGUCCUUUUCAAACUUUCAAAUUUAAUGUUCAACUAUGGAAAUAUAAAAAUCGCUUGAAAAUUGUACGGAAUUUUUGUUCCGGUGGUGAUGGGGGGUGCGAACCUGAAAGGAAAGGUAUAAUAUUGGGUGUAUACGAAGGUGAUAAUGGUGAACCAAUUCUGUCAAGUGCUGCGAAAAAGUACAACGACUGCACUGACGGGAAAUUUUUUGAACUUAUCAAAUCAUCCGGAACAACAUUGAAGGUAGGAGAAGCCCUUCUUUUCACCAACCUCGAUACCGAAUUUUGCGCGGUUGCGGCAGUGGGUUUAGGUCAUCCAAAUUUGUGCUACAACGAACUGGAAUGCAUCGACGAAGGAACAGAGGCCUCUCGGAGAGCUGCAGGUGCCGGUAUUCAAAGAUUGAAAAUGAGCAGACUUCAUCGAGUUCUUAUCGAGGGUCUUGGGCAUCCCGAACAAGCUGCCGAAGGAGCAGCGUUAGCCCUGUGGCGCUACCAGGACAACAAACUGCACAAAAGCAUGAUACCAUCGAUUGAAUUGCACGAUGACCCAGACACCGAGAGUUUCCAGCGCGGUCUCUUCAAGGCAGAAUGCCAAAAUUUAGCGAGAAGACUUUCCGACACCCCAGGCAACCAAAUGACCCCGCUGCAUUUUGCCCAAGAAACUGUCAAUGAACUUUGCCCUUGCGGAAUAAAGGUGGAAGUUCACGAUAAAGAUUGGAUCGAAUCGAAGAAGAUGAACGCUUUUUUGACAGUUGCUCGGGGUUCUUGCGAACCGCCGAUCUUUCUGGAACUGCACUAUUGUGGGGAGCCGGCAGACGUGAAACCAAUCAUGCUCGCAGCAAAGGGCAUCACGUUCGACAGCGGGGGCUUGAGUCUGAAAAGAACUCGAAUCAUGUCCGAUAACAGGGGCGAUAUGGCAGGGGCCGCAAUUAUAGUGGCCGUAAUGAAGGCCGUUGCGGCCCUCAGUAUUCCCCUUAAUAUCACCGGUCUGAUCCCCUUGUGCGAGAACAUGCCCAGCGGUAUGGCAAUGAAACCUGGUGACGUGGUGUGUGGUUUGAAUGGGAAGACGAUCAUGAUCGAAGAUGCCGAUCACGAAGGUCGAAUGCUUUUGGCCGAUACGUUUGUUUACGGUCAGGGUACGUUCAAGCCCCGAAUGGUAAUCGAUUUUGCCACCCUGAUGCCCGGAACUGAAGGUGCUAUAGGAUCGUCGGCAAGUUCUGUCUUUACUAACUCGGAAAACUUGUGGGCACAGGUAAGAAAAGCGUCUGUGAUAACUGGAGACAGGGUGUGGCGUUUUCCCAUUUGGGAAUAUUUUGGCAAAAAGUUAAGAAAAUUUCCUUCACACGACGUGGAUAACAGGGGCGAAGGUGCGGUGAACGCCUGUAAUGCGACCGCGUUCCUUCGGGAGUUCCUUCAGUGCGUUGACUGGAUGCACGUUGACAUCACCAAUAGUGGAAUGGUAAUGAAGAACAAAAACAUAUCGUAUUUGACGAAACGUAGAAUGACGGGCAGACCGACGCGCACUAUAAUCCAACUUCUUUAUCAACUGGCUAAUCCAAGUGAACAAAAACCAAAGUGCUGACAAGUGUUCGUAAAAAUGUUUAUUGUCUAUCGUCUUUUCUCUCUUUAGUUUAGCGUACAUGUGUUAAUGUCGUAAGUUAAAACAAUCCAUUCGGAAGUUACGCUCUCGCCAUUUAUUUCCUUCGAUAUCAUCAUCAUUCAGCGCAGUUUGCUCCGAACUAUUUUCGAAGUUGGGGCAACGCGUACUGACUUAAUUUAAAAUUUUGAACGUAUUGUAUAUAUCAGAGAUGCAAGUUCAAGUGCUGUCAUGAAUUCAAGGGGAUUCCUUCGACUUUAUUUUGGACAGGCUGGUCACCUGUCAACCCACUCCCCUGAGGGGUGUGGGAGUUAGUGAUUAUUCUUAUUUCAACAAGUAAAAUAGCUACCUCAAUAUCUCUAUAUACGAUACAUUUCAUUGUCGCGAAUCUGCCAAAUUUUGUUUGAAUACUUUCCUUUUUUUUUAGUUAAAUUGCAAUUUUGGAAGUACGUAUUUACUUUUUGUAUUUGCAUUUACGACUCGUAUAAGUAUUUUUUCUAUAUACAUAACAUAAUUAGUUUUACACUUUAUGUACUGGUUUUGCAAUAAUAUUCGAGGUUUCUAAUAAAAUUAUCCAUCAAU